AUGUACCAUGGGUGGCUGUUACAUUUAUCUGUUAACAACGACACAAUCUUGGUUGGUGCUGCUACAUAUCUCUCAUACAAUGGUAUUGGUUUCCAUGCGAAAUUAGGAGCUGCUGAAUCGAAAGAUUUGACGCACAACGAUCCCAACAUAACACUCGCCGGUUAUAGCAUAGCAGCUGGCCAAAUCUUGAACAGAUCUCCCACAGAUAUCGUUGGGGCUCCUCGCUUUAUGAUGAAAGGAGCAGUGUUACUUUAUGACGAUAGCUCGAUUUUACCAAGGAAGAUUAUACCUGGGGAACAAUAUUUCUCUGGGUUCGGCAUGGAUGUUGGAACUGGCGAUUUCGAUAACAAUGGGUUUCGUUUUUUGUAUUGUUAA